CCCGUCGCGAGCUCAUCUCCUCGCCGGCGUCUCACAGCGGCCAUUCUUGUUCAAUCGCGAGUAGUCGGCGUUCCUGCCGGAGAAGAGAGCACGAAGCCGGAAGUCGGGUUCUUCAACGGCCGGCGAACCUCCACAACCACGCGCCCGUUUGCAGCGGCACCCCGUCGGCCUUCGUUUAGUGGCCCGAACAGUAGCAGCAGCCCUUUUGGGCCCGUGAGAGACCCCGGUCGUGUUCGUCGGGCAACUUGUAAGUUCCGUUCCCGUCGGGCUGCGGCAAUGUUGAGAGCCUCUAGCCUAACCCGAGCUUCUUUCUUUUGUCAGCCCUGUUUUAAAUUCGUGACAGCAGCCUUUCUCAAAGCCCUAAUAUCUCCCCCACUUAUAUACCCUUCUUCCCAUCAAUCGCCGCAAUUUCACAUCUCUCUCGCCCGAUUUUCUUAUCCAUCUCCCUCCUCCAAAUCGCUGCCGCGAUCUCACGUCGAGUUCCGUCUGAAGCCUGACCGUCGCUUCCCGUUAACCUCCUCUCGCAGGCGUUCCACGCAACCACCCGCAAGAGGCAUUGCAGUAGUCGAAGCAACCGCCGAACCUCUGUCCACGAGCAGUCUCGCCGGCGACUGUUCUCCACCCGUCGUCGCCGUUGCGAAUUCGACGCCACGCCCUCGACCGGCGACCUAUUAUCCCUGUCCGGCUGGAAUUGCGACCACCGUGAACUGCCGAGCCCCUUCGCCGGCGUCCUCCAGCAGUCCGUCGACUAGCCAUCACCAGCAGGCCGAGCUCUGUCCGCCGGCGUCUCCUCUAAGCAAGCAGCCGCUUUAUUUUCCAUCGAGCAGCCCUCAUCGCCGGUAUCCACGUCUGCGAGCCCUCCUCGCCGCCAAUCCCAGCCACCGUCGAGACGUGACCAGCCGCCGUCGCGUGCCUCUAUUUCGCGAGCAACUCGCCGGUGUCCAAGCAACAAUUCGGUCAGCCGUCGUGAGCUUUCGAGCAGCGAAGAGCUCCGUCGGUGACCCUUUCAUGGAUAAAACACUGAUUUUUAGUUUCAUGAAUAAAAGACUUCAUCGGCCAAUGAGGGGCUCUGAUACAUUAGCCAUAUUUGUUAAUACUGCUGUGAUCAAGCCUUCCUGCAAGAGUGAGCUUCCUUCUGGUGUGGACAUUAUUAGGACAACCAAGAUUAGGACAACCAAGGUCAUUGCUAGCUUGUAUUCUCAAAAGGAACUGGUCAAGUUCAUGUACCAAACUGAAACAGUUCUUCCAUCACCAUCUUCACAAGAAGCAAAACCCCCU